UACCGUGUGUGGUUCGACGUGCUGGGAGCCUCUUCAGGAGCUGAAGUGAAGCUUCCUUUAGUUGAAGUGAAGCUUUUUCAGUUCCCGAAGAAGAGGAAUAAAAAGCAGCUCCCAGCCGGUAGCAGCAAAACGUCGGGCAUCACUUCAAACAACACUCGUCACAACGUGAAAACAACGCCGGCAAGUUCCGCCCUCAUCGAGUGCCUUCAGAAAGGGGGGGACCAUUGACAUUCGUCGAAUUCCAAAAAGAGCCUCAAAGUAUUUGCAGGGGCUUCUUCCCGUCCUGCCCCUGCGUGUUUUGCAGAGAUAGCCUCGGCUGUUAGGAAGUGUGGGGCGUGACUGCACAUUCGUGCGUGUUUUUUUAGUUUUUUUCAUCCGUUGUACAAGCACCGAGUUUGUGGGACUUAGGGGUGUGCGUGUCCUCAUUAUUGCCAUUUGGGUAUUUUCCUCGCUCCCCAAUUGGAACAUCACAACCGCUGGUUCACUCCGCUCGAGUAUUUUUCACCAGCGGCACGGAGCCCUUCUCGCGGGACCACCGCCACCGACACCACCGCCGCCGUUAAAGAGGUUCACUCAUCCCGCCAUGUGGGCUCGCCUGGCUCGCGUCAUCUCGCUCGACGAUGGCGGCCCCGAGUCCUCCUGCCCGGCCUCGGGCGCCUGCAACAUGGAGAGCGCCGACCCGGAGCUGUGCGUGCGCCUGCUGCAAUUCCCCAGCUCGCGCAACUACGCGGGGCUGCGGCACCGCCUGGCCGAGUGCGACGGCGCCUGGGUCACCGCCUUCCUGGAGCUGCGCGGGCUGGACCUGCUGCUCGAGGCCCUGGAGAGGUUCUCGCGCCGCGGGCGGGCGCUGCGUCUCACCGACGUGUGCGCGCAGCUCGAGUGCGUGGGCUGCGUGCGCGCCGUGCUCAACUCGCGCCGGGGGCUCGACUACCUGGUGUGCGGAGGGGAGCGCGUGCGCACGCUCGUGCAGGCGAUGGACACGGGCAGCGAGCUGGUGAAGCGCCAGGUGAUGGAGCUGCUCUCCGCGCUGUGUGUUUACUCCUCCGAGGGGCACAAGCUCGCCAUCGACGCCCUGCAGCACUACAAGGUGGUGAAGAGCCAGCACUACCGUUUCAGCCUCAUCCUGAAUGAGCUCAAGGCCACGGAGAUGCCCGCCUAUCAGGCCACGCUGCUGGGGGUCAUCAACGCCCUCAUCAUCGGCGCCAGCUCCCUGCAGGCGCGCAUGCUGCUGCGCAACGAGUUCAUCGGGCUGCAGUUUCUGGAGGUUCUGGAAAAGCUGCGCACCGGCGACAAUGCGGACGAGGACGUGCUGGUGCAGUGCGACGCGUUUGAGGAUCACCGCGCCGGGGACGAGGCGGAGGCGUCGGCGCGCUACGGCGACACCGACUGGGGCAGCCACCAGGGCGUGUUCCACGCGCUCUUCAACAAGGUGAGCAGCCACCCCGUGUCCUCCCAGCUGCUCACCAUCCUGCAGAGCCUCCUGGAGCUGGAGCCGGCGCUGCCCGGGGCCUCGCCACUCUGGGCCGCGCUCGAGUUUGUGGCCCAGCGUGCCGUCCUCGUCGCCGAUGAGGUUAAAGAAGACCAGGAGCUGGAAGCUGUCCUGACGAGGUUGAUCCCUUCACCCAAGUCUCAUCCUCAUCCAGCAGAGCCACAGCAGCCACAGCAGAAGCAGCAAAACACCAAAGUGGGGAAAUUCGACAAGAUGAUGGCACUCAAGGCUGCUCGACUGGAUCACGAGAGCCUUGCCGAAGCGACGCGAGCCUCUACUUCCAUGCCCAUCGCGCCUUCUGGUGGCCCAGUACCUUUGCUUGGAAAAUGUCAGUCUGCUGACGCCAAAGUGAAUUCUUCUGAAGCGGUGCAUUGUGGGACUGCUGUCGCCAUGUUAACUGAGUUGUCAAUAGUUGCUCCUUCUCAUACCCAGCUGAGAUCUCAGGUGGAAGCAAUGCCACCUCCACCACCACCGCCACCACCACUUCCUCCUUUGUUAGAGAGUUGUAGAUCAAAAUCUAUCUCUGCCCCUACCCCACCUCCUCCUCCUCCACCUCCUCCUCCUCCUCCACCACCCCCACUCCCAUCCUCUCUUGGGCCUCCCAAUGAAAUCUCGGCUGGUGGAAUUCCACCACCACCCCCACUCCCGCCCUCCCUCAGGCCUUCCAAUGGAAUCUCGACUGGUGGAAUUCCUCCUCCUCCACCUUUACCUGGUCAUAUGGGAAUGCCUCCGCUACCGCCGCCACUGCCGCCGCCCUUUCCGACCAAUGAGAUGAUUCCUCCUCCACCUCCUUGUCCCGUACUUCUGAGUGCUGCUCCACCACCACUGGGGGCACAGGUGCCCCAGAGGCAUGCGGUCCUUGAGCGCAGGCCAACGGUGCAACUCAAGAAACUCAACUGGCAGAAGGUGGCCAGCAAUACAUUGCCAAAAUGUGCGGACAAGCCGUCGCUCUGGGUUUUGGCUCAGACCGAGUCCAUGGAGCCAGAUUUUUCGGCCAUCGAGCAGCUGUUCUGCCAGCCGCAGGCCACUCCCUCCACUUCCAAAACAACGGCGCGACGGGCUGAUCCCCAAGAGGUGACGUUUUUGGAUCAGAAGAAGAGCUUGAAUAUUAACAUCUUCCUCAAGCAAUUCAAGUGCUCUAACGGGGCGGUCGUGGACAUGAUCCGACGUGGAGACCGCGAGCGUCUCGACCAGGACAACCUCAAGCAGCUCGUCAAGCUGCUGCCCGACUCCUCCGAGGUUUCCAUGGUGACGGCAUUUAAGGAUGAAGGAAAGCCACUGGGGAACGCGGAGAGAUUCUAUCAGCUGCUCGUCGCAUUGCCCCACUACUCCCUCAGGAUCGACGUCCUUCUGCUGUGCCAAGAAGCUGGCUCCAUUCUGGAGAACCUGCUGCCCCGAGCCCAGUUGCUCGCCACAUCCUGCGAUGAUCUGCUGUCCAGCAAGAGGCUCCCGCGAUUCUGCAUGUUUGUCCUGCAAGUGGGAAACUUCCUCAACUUUGGUGGCUUCAUGGGGGGAGCGCAGGGAUUUCGGCUCAGCACGCUCACGAAGCUCAAGGAGACGCGCAGCAACCGACCUGGGCUCAGCCUCAUUCACUUCCUCCUCCUGGAGGCCGAGAAGAAGGACCCAGACCUGCUGAGCCUUCCUGAUGAGCUGACCACGGUUGCCAAGGCAGCAAGCGUGAACAUGGAGCUGUUGGUGGCGGAGUCUGGGAUUCUCAAGUCGCGACUGGAAACCCUGGCACAGACCAUCGCGUCUGUGGACGAGAUUAGCCAGAUGUACGCCCCGAGUAUCCAGGGCUUCCGGGAGCGCUCGGCGGAGCUGCAGGCCCUGCUGGCGCUCGUGGAGGCGCGCGCGAGCGUGCUGGCGGCGUACGUGGGCGAGGACGCGCGGCGCUUCCAGCUGCCCGAGUGCCUGCGCUCCGUGAGCACCUUCCGCGACGAGUUCCUCUCCGCACAGAAGGAAAACAAAGCGCGGGCGGAACAGGAGGCUCGCGCUGAGAAACGGCGCAACAUGCCGAGCGGCAAGAUCGCGAAGCCGUUGCCGAAAGAUGGGAAAGCAGAGGAGAAGGAGUCCCUGUGCAUCGUGGACCUGCUGCUUUCAGACAUUCGGAAAGGUUUCCAGCUGAACAAGAGUGGCCGCAAACCGUAGAGGCCACAGCCCGUGGCCCCAAAGGGUGUCCCCUCCAAUCACCGUCCUUUUUGGCCGAAGAAUCUUAACGCUUGCAUUUCCAGCGCCCGAUUUCUUACUGAGCUUUUGCUUGCCUUUGGUAAGGAUCUUCUUGACUUGGUAAGGCUGGGCACUCUGUCUGGACUUUACAAAGCCUGCUUAGCUUCAUAAGAACAAGCUAACAAGCUAAGCCUCUCUGCACUCACUUGAUUGGGAGAUGCAUGAACUGCACCGGUUUUGGCAAGACUUUUGUAGGAGCCUUUUCCGAUUCUACUGCCAAUGAUUCUCCGUUGCGCUUUACCCGCGUUUAAUUUCAAUGCCUCCUUCCCGUUGCGAAGGAGGCCAGCGAUGCAAAUUACUGAUCGCGUGAUUGCUUGAUUGCCCAUUUCACGCAGCUGCGUGGUGACCCAAGACAGGCGCUGAAGCCGGCAACCGUAGAUCACGAACCUGAGUGGAAGAUUUCGAGGCAAUGUUGAGUCCUGUGCAAUCGCACUUUGGAGGUCAGGUGCUGACGAUGCGACCACUGCCGGAUCUAGCAGCAAGGAAGCGAUGGGGCGGUGAGGUGUGUCAAGGUCUCAAAAGCAUUGGCCACGGUGGCCUCCCGACCUUGACACGAUGGAGCUUCGAUGAGAUUUGGUGUGAUGUGAGCGCGAGGUGACGUACACCUGGAGAGUUUGGCGCCCAUGGGUAAUGAUGCCAUGCACGAAAUGUAGGGCCUUGACUGAUCAGUGUGGUUGAGUCACGCCCACCAAGGCCACCACAACUGUGAUGUCAGGUGUGUGUGCUUGCUGUUACUUUUUGAUGAGCGGGUUUUCCAUUAUUUAUGCAUUCGCAAUACCAUGUUUUGUUAGAAUUUACUCAAUUGCAUCGCUAGUGUCUUGACAUAAUUGCACAACUGUACUCAAAUGUUUGAUUGUGAAAUAAUAUGCAUGUGUUUUUUGCCAAGCAAUCGUGCAUUUAAAACACUUUACACAGUUUUGUAUUCAUUAUACCUGCAGUAAUCUCUCA